GUCUUUAAAGCAGUCACGGCCGUCGACCAAUCACAAAACAGACAGAGAUAUCUGCCCAAUCACGCGUCUCCUAGGCGACAUCACUUCCUGGUUAGGUUCCCAUGCUCGUUGUGUGUGCCUACCCAGAGUGUUGCACGUUUUUCUCAAAUCAAGAGCAAAUCAAGUCAUGGCCAAAGACAAAUCUUUGAAACUGGGCACAAAUCCGCCUAAAAGGAAGAAGUUGAGCUCAAUUGCCACAGAAGGGUGUGUGGAAGAGGUGAUGGACACUAAAGUACAAAAGAAAAGGAAAAAGUUGGAGGUGGAGGAGGCUCCAGUACAGAUUCCACACAAGCUGAUCACAGCAGAUGAUAAAAUGCAGAAAAAGGAAAAGAAACGUAAAAAGAAACAAAAGACAGAUGAAACAGAGACUUCCGAUCCACCCGUUCACCAAGAGGAGGCGAGCAUACUGGAGGGAGAGGAGGACUUGACCCCCGACGAGAGACGGGUCCUGGAGAGGAAGAUGAAGAAGAUCCUGAAAAAGGAAGCGAAGAACAGGCUGAAAGCAGAGGGAGAGACCCAAAAGAAGACAGAGGCAUCUGGACCCAUCGCACCUCAGCAGGCUUUAGAUUACCUCAACUGCUGGGCUGAAAACCGCACAGAGUGGAAGUUUCAGAAGACCAGGCAGACUUGGUUACUGCAGCACAUGUUCGACUCCGAGAAGAUUCCAGAUGAGAAGUUCUCCGUGCUGCUGCAGUACCUGGAGGGGCUGCGUGGAGCAGCCAGAGACACCACGGUGCAGAAGGCCCUGGCCCUUGUUGAGGAGUCUGGACAGGCGCCUGAGGACAAAGCCGUCCAGCAGAGGGCGCACAGAGCCAGAGAAGUUAUCCAGCUGCUUUCCUGAACCCACCGCCAUCAAAGAAAGACACCAGAAAAAGACUGAAGCAUGUUUGUUGAUCAGUGGACUGGAUUACUGCCUUGGUUGGUCUCAAGCGAGGACUUCAGUUUGUUUUAUAAAUCACUUUUUUUUGUUUUUGUUUUCCCCAGAGGGGUACUUUGGGGAAAAAGAUUGCUUUUGGUUAAGUAAGCAGCACUGCUUGCAUUUCUUUCAUUUUAUGUUUUCUUAUCCAUUUCUUUAAAUCAUAUUGCUGCCACAUGGAAAUCAACGGCCUAAAAUCUUUUUUAUAAAAACUGAAAUCUCACAUGUAAUUUAUUCUUUGCAAGUUACACUCAGUGUACAUUCACCAGUACCCUAUUGGACAAUGGCCCGUUUUCACAACUUCUUCCAGUUCCCGACGUGAAGAAUUCAGUCCAGUCCUACCAGUGUGGACAGAUGAGUUGUGAGUCCCUAAAGAUGAUACUGAAAGCUUGAGAGACUGCUGGAGUUAAAAGUCUCAGGAAUGUUUGUAGUCGAGACAUGUUUGUACCUGUCAAAGCCUAUAAUCUGUGAAGUCACUGAUGAGAAUAACUUUUCUCAUCCACACAAGGUUUAAGCAUGGUAAACAUGUUUUGGUUGUAUAACUAUGUUGCAGUAACUCCCUCCAGCCCAGGAGUUGGUGUUCCAAACACAUGCAUUUGAGGUUUAUGUUUAUCCACUAAUUGAUAUCUCCUCUAUACUCAAAGCAGACAUACAUUCAGUACAGGAGCAGCUGCCAGUUCUGGCUGCAGGAUCAGGGAGCUUGUAGGCCUCCUGCAAAGGCACAUGUUUGACUUCUAAUUCAGGUUACAAACUUUUCAGGAAGGAAACUGAGUCUCUGUAUGUGGCUGAAUGCUGGUGAUGUCACUUCCUGGAUUUUUAAAAAUACACCCAAAUACAAUACACGUAAUACUCCGGAUACAUUUUAAAAAGUUACUCUCAAUAUUUUAAGCAGUGAUCAGAAAGAAACCAGUGAUACAUUUAGUAGAUGUUGCUCUCUUUGUUGAUAUUUUCUUUGAGUGCCUCCAACCUGGCACAAGUCGCCCACUUCAAAAAGUUGGAGGCGGAAACCAGCUGUUUUUAGGGACUCAAUUUUCUCCUGAAAAAAGUUUGAAGCAAAUGUUGGGACAUGAAUACAAAACUUUACAUCUUGUCUUAAAACCACGUAUUUCACAAUAUGUUUACAGAACUUGACUGGAGAGAGCCGUAACUCCUCUAAAAAAAGAAAGGUCUGAUGAAGUCCAACAAGAUUGAAAUCCAAAAAUGUGUUCAGAAUUAACUUUUUGUGUAGUCACAAGCAACAGUAAUGCUGUCCAGCAAGUGUCUUUGUCACUCAUGUUGACCAUCAAAAUUCUCAGAUGCAGUGAAUCCACAGAGAUGGAGAAGGUGACUCGAGGAGAUUUUCACUGUUGGUCAAAAAGGCCGAUGUCUCCUCUUAGGUGUUGGUCCUUAACUGUUGCACUCACUGUGCUUUUUGCUUCUUCUACAAAAUAUAGCAAAGAUAUUGCACACAAAAAUGACUUAAAAGUUUUGACAGACAUUGUAUAUAA